AUGUCGACAUCGUUCAGACUUCCCUAUGGCUAUAGAAGUGCACCUGCUUGGCCAUCAUUAUAUUGGCCAUUUGGACCAGAUUUCGACCCACUAAAUCUGGUAGCGGAUAUACCUCAUUCUUUAUACUAUUUGCAAGAUAUUUGGCGGUUCACUGUGAUCUGGUCGUUGCUGUUCUCUCUCGCCAUCUAUCUGCCAGCAGGAAUAUGGGCGUUCAUCAUGCUGGCAAAAUCUCGCACAUUGAAAUGGUAUGUGCUUGUCACGAUCCCCUUUAUCUUUGUGUUGGGUGGAUCUAUCGCAUCGUUUGUCAUUGGCAGUAUUAUGGGUGUGGCUCUAGCGUUUGUAUACAACUCGGGAUUCUUUGUCAUGUCUACAUGGAUUCCAUUUCUGUGGGCUCUGAUUCAUAUACUGGUAGUGCUUGUGGGCUCAUAUUCUACCAUUACAGCGAUUCUUUAG